AUGGAGGAGGAAAGAGAUCUGCCCAAGAGGCCGUGGGACACCUGUCGAGAAGUCCCAAUCAUCGAAGAUGAACACACGCCAUGGAAGAUGAUCAAACUAUUAAAGAUUAUUACUGUGAUUUUGGUCUUCAUAAUUGUGUUUGGAUUGGCGCUUUGUAGCAAGACUUCUCUCCUCCUCCUCAUCACUUUGUCCAAUGAAGGCACAAAAAUCCUCCCAGACAACCAGAAACCUGUCGCUCUGCUAUGCAUCGCCUGCGCUCUCAUUGCAUCAAGUGUCCUUUUGUUUUUGAAAAGCAUCUGGAAGGCAUGCUACAAAACAUCCAAGCUGCCCAGAAAAGAAACUCUCGCCCUGGUUCUUUUCAUGGAGUUUAUGGCAUCUGGUGGGGCAGCGAUUCUCACCAUCGUCGCAAUGCCACACUUGGACAUUGUCACCAAUGCGAGCAUACUGAAUGGUGUAGCCAUCCUCUCUGCCAUCCUGCAGGUGACCACUCAAUGCACUGCCAAGCAACAGAACCGCUUCCUGCUGCCAUCCAUCACCGCCUUCAUCCUCCUCCUGCUCGGUUUUGUCUUGUUCCUCUUCCAUUACAUAAUGAAGGAUCCCACUGACACCAGGAUGAUCAUUUGGGUUGGCCUGGCUGUUGGUGGCUGUGUCUUGGUGUCUUUUAACUGGUGGGAAACCUACUGCAGGCUGAUUAGCGAGAACAGCAAGUCAGUGGCCCUCAAGAUCCUUUGCAGAGACAUCUCAAAAUGCAGGAACAUGCUGCAGAUGCUGUCCAGCCUGCUGAGGAUUGCAGUGACGGCCAUUGUGGUUGGUGCCUUUGUCCCCCUUGCCAAAAUGGAUUGGGACAUUGUCAAGUCCAUCCCGCAACGUGAAACAAGAAUCAUAGCCAUCAUCAUCGGGGUUCAGCUGAUCUCCUCUGCUUUCUGCCACUGGUUUACAGUCCUAGCCUGCAAAAUGCACGUCCUGAGACGGUGCUUCAUCCUGCCUUUGUACCUGGCCACACUUGCUGUCAUGGCUCUGCUUGUCAUUCCAGUCAUUGUUUACUAUCAGGACUACAGAAUCAGUCUGAACGGGACUAGUGUCAACUUCACAGGUUACUGCUUUGAAGUUGUAGAUGCAAGAAGCCAACCCCUGAAUGGAAGUGUGUUCCCAAAUCUCGUGUUAGAUGUUACACACACUCUGUGCUUCCUGGACAUGUCCAAGCUCUGGGACAUAGGUUUCCUGACAGCUUCUGCAUUGGCCUGGUGGCUCGGUCUAGUGUUGGCAACUCUCCACCUGUGGUAUCUCAGUAUCUAUCGUAUCCAGAGGACCCAAGACCUGUUCGUCAGGAGGCUGUAUGAAGGAGCUUUCAUUGAGCAGUCCCUUCUGCUAAACACUAGAUAUGACAUCCCAACCAGAGGCAAAAGGAAUUUCAGGCAUCCUGAUAGAGCCAUGGUGUAUCUCUGCGCGACCAUGUGGCAUGAGACCUACGACGAAAUGAUGAACAUCAUCAUCUCCAUGUUCAGACUGGACAAGUACAGACCGAAGGGAGAGCAGCAGUUUAACGAUUUCACCUUCGAAGCCCACAUCUACUUUGAUGACGCCUUCAAAGAUGUCGAGGGGAGUCAGGGCCGUCAUCUCAAUGAAUAUGCAACAACCCUGGUGGAAGUCCUCGCAGAAGUUUACGGGAUCUUCUCAAAUAUCAAUGAUAAGUUGUUCAUAAAGAAGCAGCAGAUCCCUGAUCAGACAGUCAUAAGGACACCGUACGGAGGUCGUAUUGUGCUCGUCAUGCCACAUGGGAACCAAAUCACAGUUCACUUUAAAGACAAAGACCUCAUUCGCCACAAGAAGAGAUGGUCUCAGAUCAUGUACCUUUACUAUCUCUUUGGCUGGAAGCUCAUGACCAAGUAUUACAAACGCUGGCAGAAAAAUGAGAACGAGAUGGAGCUGAAAGCAGAGAUCAAGGUAAAAUGAGGAAAACAUGAGCACUUCUGUGAACUUGAAGAUCAUUUGUAUAUCUUAAUGUUGAAUAAAAAACUGUUUCUCCAGAAAGAGAAGCACAACACCUACCUCCUGGCUCUUGAUGGGGACACAGAUUUCCAGCCGUCUGCUGUGAUGUAUCUCAUUGAUCGUCUGAAGAUGUACCCACGUGUUGGGGCAGCCUGUGGCAGGAUUCACCCAACUGGAUCAGGUCCUGCAGUGUGGUUCCAAAAGUUUGAAUACGCUGUCAGUCAUUGGCUGCAGAAGACAGCUGAGCACGUGAUUGGCUGUGUGCUGUGCAGUCCUGGCUGCUUCAGUUUGUUCAGAGCAGAGGCUCUAAUGGAUGACAAUGUGAUGAAGAGAUAUGCCUCCAAAUCCAUGGAAGCCGGUCACUACAUCCAGUACGAUCAAGGCGAGGACCGCUGGCUGUGUACGCUACUGCUGAAGCAGGGAUGGAGGGUGGAGUACAACGCGGCAUCUGACGCUUACACCAACGCACCUGUGGACUUUAAAGAGCUGUAUAACCAGCGUCGACGAUGGGGGCCUUCCACAAUGGCCAACGUGGUGGAUCUGCUAGGUGACACCGGCAUUAUUUCUAAGAGGAAUCCCUCCAUAUCCAAGCCAUACAUGCUCUACCAGCUCUUCAACAUGGCGUCAUCCAUCCUGGCCCCUGCCACCAUCUGCCUUAUGAUUGCAGGUAGUCUGUCCUUCGUGUUUGGCAUAGAAGGAAACGGGGCCCUGAUCAUCGCUGUGAUACCACCAACCAUCUUCCUGAUUCUUUGCUUCAAACUCAAGGCCGACACUCAGAUCGCUAUUGCAGGGAUCAUGAGUGUCAUAUAUGCGUUCCUCAUGCUGGUUGUGUCGAUGUCCAUUAUUGGUGCAAUGAUAAGGGACCGAACCAUCCUGACGCCCAGCAGCCUUUUCGUCGUUGCCAUGGCCUUCAUCUACAUCACCACAGCCAUAAUGCAUCCUCAAGAAUUCCCUCUGGUCUUUCACAGCUUCCUUUACAUCAUCUGCAUCCCUAGCGCCUACCUCCUUCUCACCAUCUACUCCAUGGUCAACAUGAACAACGUCUCCUGGGGCACUAGGGAAACAAAACCUCCUCCUGGAGCUGCCCAGCCUGCUGCUGCCACCCCACAAACCAAAACCCAGAAAGUGAAAAGCACCUUCCAGCAGCUCCUCUCAUGGGUGAGAUGUUGCAGAAAACCGAACGAGCACCCUGAAGCCCAGCAGUUGAACCAGGAGAAUCAGAUCCCACAGGUCCCUCAGUCUGAACCGCAGCCUCUGAACACAAUUGUGGAUGACACAGGAAUCCCCGAGGAGCAACAGAGGCAAAUGGAGGCUGCUUACUCUCCACCCCAAUGCUGGGUUACACAACUACAAGAUGCAACUACCGACAUGCGUCUCGAGGAAGAUUCACUCGACCAGGAAGAGGAAGAGUUUUGGAGGGAGCUUCAGAAAAAGUAUCUAGAACCUCUGCCUGACGACAAAAAGAAGCAGGAAAAGAUAAAAAGUGACCUACGAGAACUGAGGAAUAAGAUAAACUUCGCCUUCUUCAUCCUGAACGCCCUGUGGCUGGUGGCGACAUUUACCCUGCAAAUCUUUGGAGCCACUCUCUUUAUCCAGGUCCCCAAAGUUGACUUUGACCUCCAGAGCGAAGGAGAAACCGUCCAGAUUGAUCCUAUUGGCUUCAUGUUCAUUCUGGGAUUCGCUUUGUCAGUGCUGAUCCAGUACCUUGCCAUGUUUUACCACAGAAUCUACACUCUGGUCCAUUAUGUGGCCUUCAUGGACACGGAGCCUAGAGAACAAAAACCUGACCCUGAAGAAUAUUACCUGCCCGGCAAAAAGAUUGAAACAGAGUCCAGGGUAGAUGACACAGUCUCUGAGGCGGACUCUGAACAGGUGUCUGAAGAAGAGGAGGAAUCGGACGAUGAUUACCCAUCAACGUCGUACAGCAGCAGCAGCGGCAGCAGAGGCACCAUGGUGUGA